CCUUGGUAGGCUGGGGUUUUUGUUGUUGUUUGGUUUGGGUUUUGGCGGGGGGUUUUGUGGGUUGGUUGGUUUGUUUUGUUUUUCUGGAAGUGGCAGCAGGAGGCCUGAAUGGAUCUAGUCUAGAGCCAGAGGGUCUCAAUGAACAUGUUUCCAUCAAAGUUCACUUUGCCUCUCUUGAUCUGGGCAGCUGUGGCUGAGGACCGCACUGGUAGUAACUGAUGACCCAGUCAGUAAGCAAGUGGGCGGGGAAUUCCCCCCCUGGGAGAAGAUUGCUGCAGCUCCUUCCCUGCUUUGGAGGAGGGCAGAAGGCGGGGUAAGUUUGGUGGGAAACGCUGUAAUUUCCUUUUUUACUUUCAAGGCACUAGUGCAGAAUCCAGAAUGGAUGUCCUCUUUGUAGCCAUCCUUGCUGUGCCACUCAUCCUGGGACAAGAAUAUGAGGAUGAAGAAGGACUGGAAGAGGAUGACUAUUAUCAGGUGGUCUAUUAUUACACAGUCACCCCCAACUAUGAUGACUUUGGUGCAAACUUCACUGUUGAUUACUCUAUGUUUGAGUCAGAGAACAGGCUGAACAAGUGGGAUAAGGAGGUAAUGGAAGCAGUAGAGACUACCAUUAGUCGUGAAACAGACGCUGCAGACCAUCAGAAGCCUGUAACAGAGAAACCAGUGACAAUGGAACCAAGUCCAGAUCUGAACAAUGCUGUAUCCAGUCUGCAGAGUCCUGGUGCACUCCUCCUGUCCUGGGCCCUCGUUCAGGGGGGGAUGUAUUUCAUGUAGAAGGUGAGAGUGCAGCCAUUGGCCUUGGGGGAGUCUGUGAAGCAAUUUUACCAGUAUCUCUGGCUAGUGUUUCCAGCCUGGUCAAUUCUGUCUGAGCUGCUUAAAGAGGGAUCACAUAUAGAAAAAUCUUAUCUAACUUUAAGGAGGUUUAGGAGAUGUUGAGGCAAAGGCCUUUGUCAUAAGAGUCAUUACUCUUUCUGAACUGGGAGGAUUUCAGGACCUCCUAGAGCAGAAGCAGGUGGAAUGGAGAAGAAACUUCUCCAGGUUUCCAGUCUGCCUCGAGGAAUCAAAGCUGGCCUGGUUUAAGGCUCUUCAGGUGCUAGAGGGCAAAAUGGGAGGGGCCCUACAACCUGGCAGAGUCAAGAGGCAGAAGUGGGGGUGGUUCCCUAAUGUAGGGGAGAGAUGGUGGAAAGGGGGAAGGAAGAGAAGCCUGUAUUAUAGGGAAGGAAUUUACGUUGGUAAUCUAAAUAACUAUGGGCAUGAAGGGUUUAGCAGAAGGAAGGAGUAAAGAGGGGAGGGGGACACAUGUAGUGGAUGUCAUGGGGAAAUCUAGCUCAAAAUAAGAAAUCUGGGGGGUUUCCAUAGAGGUGGGAGGGGCUUCCUGAGUCCCCUGACCCUGUUUUUUUGUUUUUCCCUUUCUUCGUUGUUUUUUUUGUUUGUUUGUGUUUUUUUUAGGAGAGGGAACGCUGCUACGACUCAUUGGAUGGGGAUUUGGGAAGAGGAGAGUGGAAGAUUAAAUAAAUAAAUGAAGUAA